AUGAGUAUGCUCAAAUGCGCGACCUUUACGGUGUUGCCAAACCCUUGUUUUGCACGUAACAGUUGUGGUGUUCGAUCUGCUUCUUUUGUCGAGUGGAAGGCGCUGGAGGGGGCUCAAAAGGGCAUUGCACCAUUCACAGAGUUCAUAGAGAAUGACUUUCUCGCAGUCGAGGUGCGGCCAUGGCAUCUCUUGGAUAAGACUACCAACAGAGAGGAGAACCAGGCACCGUCGUGGAGAUUCCUGGCUCUUGUGUGGGACGUUUGUCUCUAUGCACAAUCUUCAUACGUUGCUGCCAGUGUAGCUCUAGCCGGUGGCCUUUCGGUGCGCAAGUCGAUCGAGGCUUAG